AUGACCUUCACCGCAGCUCCCCGCGCUCUCCGCCUGCUCCAGGCCGCGCUGCUCUUCCUUCUCCUGGUCUCUGCCGGCCAGCGCGCAGAAGGGGCGCCCGUGGUUUCCGAACUGCGAUGCCAGUGCGUGCAGACGUUACAGGGAAUCCACUUCAAGAACAUCCAAAACGUGAAGGUGACGCCUUCCGGACCCCACUGCGGCCAAACUGAAGUCAUAGCCACUCUCAAGAAUGGGCAGGAAGUUUGUCUCAACCCCACUGCCCCCAUGGUUAAGAGAAUCAUCGAAAAGAUACUGAAAAAACCUGAAAACAGAACCCUUAGUGUAGGACUAGGGUGCCUCGAAAUAUUAGUGGUGAACAGCUGGGUUUUGCUUCGAGACCCACGUGAAUUCAAGUUUUGA